CAUGCAAUGAGCAAGAGAGCGAGAUGCUUCAACUUUCUCUGUGAGAAAUUCAGCAGGCACGGAACCUGUUACUUGACUUCUCAGUACCCCCCCUCCUUUCACAUUUUCCUUCUUAGCUCUACAACUGAGUCAUUCUGUUGCCUAUGGCUCCUGGGUAUGCAGGGUUUGUGAAGUGCUGCAAUAUUCCUGAGCUAAUCGGUCAAUGUUAUUCUCUGCUAAUGCAGAUGUGACUCCGCUUAGAGUCUCCUUGUAUAUACAUGCUUAAAAUCCUCCAUGCAGCCUGAACUAUGCAUUUAUAUGAAGAGUGAAAUCUUAACAGCAGCAUUCACAUGAGACUCCUGUUUGGUUUCUUGUAGGCCUCCACUGCAGAUAUGGAGAAAAUAAGCAGCUUGCAGGACCAGAAGGAAGAACUGCAGAAGAGACUGUCUUACACUACUCACAAACUGGAAAUGCUUGAAUCGGAAUUUGAUUCCACCCGGCAGUUCCUUGAAACUGAGCUGAGGAGGGCACAGGAGGAACUGGAGAAAGUGACAGAAAAGCUGAGAAGAAUACAAACCAAUUACUUGUCUUUACAAAGGAUAAAUCAGGAGCUUGAGGAGAAAUUACAUAGAAUGGGUCAACACUAUGAAGAAGAAAAAAGAGCACUGGGCCAUGAAGUCAUCGCACUUAACAACCAUUUACUGGAAGCCAAGGUGACAAUUGAUAAGUUAUCAGAAGACAAUGAACUAUACAGAAAAGACUGCAAUUUAGCCUCACAGCUGCUGCAAUGUAGCAAAAGCUACUUCCGAGCCCAUAAAUUAUCAGAGUUGCCAGCUGACUUCCAGGAAAGAGUAAGUCAACAUUUGGAAAAGCAUGGAUGUAGCCUUUCUGUGCCACUUUCUAACACAACAUAUGCUGACAGCAUUCCUACUUGUGUCAUUGCUAAGGUUUUGGAAAAACCCGACCCAGGCAGCGUUUCUUCACAUCCAUCAAGUGCUUCAAUGAGAGAUCUUAGCUAUGAACAAGGAGGCCAAGUGCCUGAAGAGAAACUUCGCCAAAGGCAGCAGUUCAAGUCAGAGAUCUACUGCAGUGACACUGCUCUAUAUUGCCCAGAAGAAAGAAGAAGAGACAGACGGCAAAGUUUUGACGUUCAGGUUAAAGACGAGGUGUUUCUAAGGUCUCAGAACUCUACAGACAGCACUGUUGAGGAUGGAUUCCACUCAAGUUUCUCACAUGAAGCCUUCAAUGAAUAUGUAGCAUCUCUACCAACCUCUAGUUCCUACUCAAGCUUCAGUGCUACUUCAGAAGAGAAAGAGAACAACCAAACCAACACUUUAACUGCCUCACAGCAGGCAAUAUAUAUGGGUAACAGGGAGGACCUGUUUGAAAGAAAAUCAACAACAGGUUAUGAGCAUGCAGCAAGCCCAAGAUUUGUGAAAUCAAAGUCUGUUCAGCACAUGGAGCAUAGCCCAGAAAACACUGCAUCACCUAAUUUCACAAGAUCUUCUUCCUAUGUAGAGGAGCCAUUUCAUUUCUCUAGAAUACGUACACAACAAACAUUAAGCGCUCAUAAGUCACACAGUGAGUGUAGAAGCUCUCAUCUUUCAGAAGACGAUCUGCCAACACGAUGGAGACAGUUGAGUGUGGAAGAUAUCGGAGCAUACUCAUACAGCAAUGCUGGAAGAAUUUCGCCAUGUAGUUUUACUGAACAAUACUUUGCACACAGUCCUGUAAAGCAGCUGGAAAGCAGAAUGAGUCCACUGUAUGCAAGCUACAAACAGGACAGCUUUUCAGAGGGAGAGGAAGUUUGUCAAACUAGAAUGGGUGAUUCCUGUUUUCUGAGAACAGACUCUGGCUUAAAAAUUGACAUCAGUGCCAGCUGCAAACAAGAAAUGUUAUCUACUUUCAAAUCAAAGGAAACAAGAGACCAAAAAGGUGAAAGGAUGUCAGUCCAAAUGAGUAAUAAAAGUAUAGACUCUAGUUCAUCAGCUAAGAGGGAAUAUGUUGAUGUCAGUCCAAAUAGUUCAGCAGAAUCCCUCAGUCAAAGCCCUAUGGAGGCUUCCGAAAUGCACCAGUCUUCCAUUGAGCAAGGACAUUCGAGUUUCCAUGGAAAGCCCCAGCAAUUUCAAAGAACUGGAAGCAUUGGCUUAACUAGAAAAGACAGUCUUACAAAAGCACAGUUAUAUGGGACCCUUCUGAAUUAAUGCGCUUCCAAACUGCAAUAAAACAUAAACAUGAUCAAGUUUUACUGACACAAAAGUCCAGAUGAGUACUGGCUGGGUUGGCUUACCAGCAUUAAGAAGCUGGGAACAACAUUGUACAUUAAGUACCUUUAAGCAUAUGAGCAAACUAUUUAAUUCAUGGCUAGAGAAAAAUAAAAAUACACAUUAACAUAAAAGGAGACAAAAUGGGCAUGCAAACUAAAAGGGUAUAAAAUGAAAAAUAGUUUCUAAAAAUGUUAACCAAAGUUUAGAACUAGACAAAUGUUCUGAUUGAGCCAUUUAUUACAUUGAUAGUCAAACCUUGAUUUUACAUUCCCCUGGGGGUGUAAAUUAUGGAAAAAUGUGAAAUCCGGGGAUGCAGAACCAAGGUUUGACUGUAUAAAAAAAAUCCCAGGAAUCUGCAAAUUAUGCGGGAGCAUAAUGAAUGCAACAUUACUGUCCUACAGCAGGAAAACUAUUCAAUCCAGGUGUGCACCAAGCUGUGAAAUACAUCCCAUGGCACAGUAUGGCCCAAUCGGUUAUUCUACACUUUAUGAGCAUAUUCCAGAUUAAUCUCAGUGCUGUUAGAUUUAAAUAGGCUUAAUCUGGUGCUGCUUUGAACCAAAGCAAAACUUAUGUUAUAAUAAUAACUUAUCAGUUAUUAUUGCCAGAAUUAUUGUACUAUAUCUUCCAUGGGUUGUAUACCCAGAUAUUUAUAGCACUUUUACAUAGCUCAGAACAUUGUCCUUAAUCACAUUUCCCAAACUUUUAGAGCUUUGUUUCAUCUAAAUAAAAAAAAAAAGCAACUGGUAUUUAGGGGUAAAUAGAACUGAUCAUUUUUGGAUUCUAGCAUUUAGCAAGUCCCCCAUGAAAGAUUAGCAGCAAGACUAGACCAAAUCCAUUUACCUUAUAAGAGCUUAUGUUCUGCAUACAAUGGAAUUUUCGGCCAGCUGAAAUGCACCCAAAAUCACCACCUCCAUUUAACUUGAGGUCUGGCAGCAACAGUAUUACAAUUUUUAGCCCAGAGAUUGGAGUACUGUGAAGUAGUUCCCAUUCAUGUUAAUGGGUAACAGCAAGAAGUGAUUUUGGGACAGCUAAAAAAAUAAAUAAAUAAGCACAGACCACCGUAUAAUAAAUGCAGGUAAGUUUUCCCCUGAAACAGUGUGGAUGUGACUAUGGCACAUCAUUAAACCUUUCCGGCACCAACUUGCUGCAAUCAUUAUGCUGGUCUGCAUUUUUUCUGGUACUUAACUGGUUUGUGGGGAAGCCAGGUAGCAUUUUAUAUAUGGUUCCCACCAAACUAUGGGUUUGCCAUUGGCAGAAAAAGCUGAUGAACAUAUAGGCAAAAGGGUGACCAUGGUGCAUAUAAGUUAACAUUAGAACCCACACAGUACAGGGAUGUCGCAUUAGUAACAAGUUGCACAAUAGGUAAAAAAAAAGAAGUUAUACAGCACUGACAAACACUCAAGACAUUUGGUUUACAUAUUUAUUGUGAUUUAACUGGUGGAAAUGAUAUAUUUUUAAAUAGACCUAUAUAAUUGCUCAUCAUUGAUCAUAUACAAGAACUUUGGAAAUGGUUAGGUUUCUUACUGAAAGAAAAAGAACUUGAAUAUAUAUUUAAGGAGUUUCAAAACAACAGAAUUUCUGUUCAAGUAAUGCUAACCAUAGCCAACCCUUUUCUUCACAAUGAGUAGUGGAUGUAGAAGUGAGAUUUAUUAGGAAUUGUGUUAAUCGGGUCAGAAAGACUAGAGAUAUACAACAAGAGUCUGAGCUUUCCUACUACUGUAGCUCCUCAUGUACUACCUCAAAAGUAAUUGAGGGGUUACCUGUUAAUUUGUUUUCUAUAGGCUUGCAUUUAUAUUGGUAACAAAGCAUGAACUGUCCUCGAUAGUGUUGUAUUUUGCAUUUCUAAAUAAAAGCAACAAAUUGAAAUAUUUCACUUUUUUAUGAUGCUGUGUUUCUAGGAAUGCAUUUCUAAAUGACCAAUAGUUACCCCCUAUGUGUGUGAGGACUAUGAGCUUCUGCACAGCAGGUAAAACCUUUAUGGCGACUUUGAGGCUCUGGUUUCUAUAUAUGUACUUAAACAAAUUCAGGGCACUAGAUGUCUUUCAUAUAUGGGAAUCUGAAGUUUGUUUUCUCAGGAAUAUGUUCCAUUAAAUAUGAAAGCUGGAUGGGAGGUUUUGUAGAAAUCUGGCCACAAUGUUACCCAGGGAUAUGGGCAUCUUUUCUAAAUGUGUGUUCUGCAUCUAGAAGAGGAAGACCAAAAGUAGCUGAGGAACAACACAAAUCAUUUCCGGCUGGUGACCCACCUUCCUCAAAGUAAGGCUAGGCUAUUACCUUGCUUUAUGGGCGAGAUAUAUGCAGUUGCAUUGUCCUAUUUUUACAUCCAUAUAAUGUAUGUGAUGCAGUGCAAGCUUGGUGUGAAAUGCAUUGCACCUGGCUUUUUGUCAUCCCUUUGUUCAUUAGUUAUUGCCCCCCAAAAUUGUCUAUUCUUCUAGUCUUCUAAUUGUGAAUUUUCAAUUUUUUUGAACAAAAAAAAAAAAGGAAUGCAUUUUGAAUCAUUUUGUAAUUUUCACUGAUAAAUACUCAAAUAAAAAUGUCAGUAUAAAUACUAA